AUGCCUAAUAAAACACAGGACUCCAAUAAUUUUGAAAAAUUAUUUACAACCGGUUCCAUUGAACAAGAUGAAUCAAAUACCUCAUUUGUCGAUGAACUUGACGUAUUUGAAAACAUAUCUUCGACAAUUCCUUCCGUUCUUUCCUCGAUCACAGUUAUCGCAGAUACUUUUUCCACGCUAUCAAACUCUCCGGUCACAAAUUUCUUACCAUUGAUAGGUGAAAUCUUUAAAAUUACGUCGGCUAUCAUCAAAAUUUAUCAAACUGCCCAACUUAAUAAGAGAACAUGCGGAGCUUUGGUUGAGAGGGUUCUAAUAGCGGAAGCAGCAGUGAAAAAUUUAGAGGUCCUCUACGAAAAAAACAAGACAUUCUUUACCGCUCAUAAUCUUGUUAAUUUUAGUAAGUUCGUCUUGACGAUGAAAAGGAUUCAAAGUUUUGCCGGUGAAAUCUCUCAACUUGGCGGAAUAAGAAAAUAUCUUCAUUCAAAAUCCAUUGAACAAACUUUCAUCGAGUUAAUCAGAGAUUUUGACGGUCAUAUGAGCGUGUUAAACUUUUCGUUAACAAUUUCCAACACAGUAAAGGCAGAAAGUGAUAUGGAAAUAUUGAGAACAGAUAAUGAAGUAUUGAAGAAGUACCUUGAACAAAUAACGAAUACCGAUGGUAAUAUUCUCGGCGUGGUAGAGGAGAUAAGAACCCUGGUAACUGUCAUGGAAAAAAAUGGACAAAAAAAAUCUGGUCAAUUCAAUCGUAGGAAUGAAGAACUCAAUGCAGACAAAUUGAUCCCUAGUAGCGAGUUUGGCCCAGCAUCGGAAGAUCUCGGCAAAAGUGUUCAAAAGAGGUAUCGAAAGAGCGAAAAAGUCAAUACGGCAUUCAUCGAGGUGAAAGAAGAAUCGAGUAAGAGAUCCAUCCAAGAUCAGGUGCAUAUCCUCACAAAAAUCCGAGAUAUUCACGAGAUAAUACGGUUCUACGGUUUGGUAGAAGAAAACGGAAGGCUGUAUAUAGUCACCGAAUGGGCGGAAUUUGGCAGCUUUAAAGAUUUCUAUCUUAUGAACAGAAAUAAAAUCGACAUUGACCUAAAGAUAUCCAUUGCACUCGAUGUAGUGCGCGGUUUAAAUUUCCUUAAUUCGGCUUCCAUAUUGCAUCAUGAUGUCAGACCGGAAAACAUUAUGAUCACCCUUCAAAAACGAGCAAAGAUUGCAAAUUUUUUUGUGAGUCGAUUUGUGGAUGGCCUGACGACAGGAAUUCAAACGCAUAUUGGGAAUGUCAGAUAUAUGGCGCCCGAAAAAUUAGCAAACAGUCAUUACAAAUACGAUGUUGCGUGUGAAGUGUACAGUUUCGGGAUUCUUAUGUGGGAGAUAGCCGAGCUAAAGCCACCAUACAGAAAUAUUCACAAUAUCAGCGCCAUUCAAGAGUUGGUGGUAAAAAAGAAGCGUCGUGAGGUCUUUUCUCCUAAUAACGAUAUUCCUAAGAAAUGGAAAGAGCUGGUGGAAAAUGCGUGGAAACACGAUCCAAGAUACCGGCCUACUUUUCCCGAUAUGUUUCUCACCCUGCAAGAAUUAUAUCAUCAAAAAAAUGAGUUAGAACUUAAUCAACUUGACACUGACCCUAAAGAUGAUGAAAUCGAAGAUGAGAUUUUUUCAUAUCUUACGGUUGAAGAGGCAAUUGAAGAACACAAAUCAUCUUCGGGUAAUAAACGAAAAUCUUGGGAAAGCUUUCACAUCUAUGCCGAAUUGGGUGAUCUAAAGGCCAAAUAUUGGAAGGCGUAUUUUCUAUAUUACAACAUUCUGAAAUGGAAAGAGGGAGAAUUAAGUGAAAGAGAACGUAUGGCGCAGGCUGCAGCACUAUUCAAGGAAGCAUCUGACGAAGGAGAGAUGGGAGAGGCACAACUGAGAUAUGCCAAUUGUUUGUACCAUGGAAAUGGCGUGCAAAAAGAUCGAAAGUUAGCUGUCGAAUAUUAUUUGAGAUCCGUACAAAAUGGUAAUGUUAUCGCCGCAUAUAACGUUGGAAAGUUACUUUACCGCGGUAGCCUCCCCGGUGUUAAGAAAAACAUUCAGGACGGAGAGAAGUAUUUGAGAUUGGCCGCCUAUAAAAACUUCAAAGAGGCAAUUGAGAUGUGUAAAAAGUACAAUAUCGAAUAUUAA